AUGAUUCCAUCUCGUACGUUCACCGAACCUGCCACCGAGUACUUGUUCCUCUCCAACUCCUCAGACGAGCCUUUGGCUUUCAAGGUCAAGACGACCGCCCCAAAGUUGUACUGUGUUAGACCGAACGCUAGCAUUGUCGCUCCUGGCGAAUCUGUCAAGAUUUCGCUCAUCUUGCAGGGCUUCUCGCAGCCCUUGGCCAAGGAUUACAAGUGCAAGGACAAAUUUUUGAUUGUGUCUGUGCCAUGUCCAGGUUUGGAAGAUGCUUCUAAGGUUUCUGAGUUGUGGCCGCUGUUGGAGUCCAAGUACAAGGAACAAUUACUACAGAAGAAGUUGAAGGUCAACUUUGUUAUCACCUCCGAAGACGACGACAAGGAUGAAUCACAAUUCAACGACACCACAUACGCCAACGCCACCCAGUCGGCUCCCUUUACUGCACCUGCUACUGUUGGCGCUUCCGGUGCUGCUGGCGCUGGUGCUUCCGCUCUCAGCAAGGACAUCUCCGAGAAGGCUGAGAUAAAUAACGAACAGCCAUUGUCCACUAACGGCACGGCCGCUACCUUGGCUGAUGUCAGUGCCACCGAUGUAAACAGCGGUGCUACUACUACAAACGAGAAGAGAACCGUUGUCGAGCCAGUUGACACGGAGUUGGAGCAGUCAAACGCCCGCAUCAGCACCUUGUCGGAGAAAUUGGACUCCAACGAGACCGCCGCUGCCGCUGCACCAGUCAAGACUACUUCCGAAGAGCCUGUGAGCGGUAUUUCGUUGCCAUUUGCCGCAAUCUUGGUGCUCAUUGCGUUGUUGUUGGGAUGGUACAUCUUCUAG